AUGCUUACCGAACUCGAGCGUGCCAUACGUUUUGGCGCCCUUUUGGGGCGAAUCGAGAGUCUCCGCGAGGAAAUCAACCGAAUCCACGACAGCGAACCAGCCGAUUUCGCCGCCUUCGUCGCCCAGAUACCCGUCUCGAACGAUCCUGAUUGGGAUGUUGAAGAUAGCCUGUCAAAUGACGUCUGCAAUGCCUGGGCAGCAUGGGAAGACGCGACAUUGGAAUCACAUACCGUCUCCUCUCCGGAGAGUUCGAACGCCGCCGCCGCCGCCGCCACCUCGUCUCCUCUCAGUAACGAGCGACUCGACAAGUCAAACCUCAAAGAUACACAAUCUGACGCCAGUACUCUCGCAAUACUUGUUCAAAAGUUUAUAUACAGGCCGAAGCGCAUUAAAAGGGACGAUGGGGAUGGACAACCGAGCGCCAUGCAGUACUUGGGCCAGUCGAGCAACGGAUCACCAAGUGGAUUAAAGGCUUCGGCAACAACGGCUUUGACGGCUUUUUCGACCACGGCUACACUUCAAUCCACGUCGGUUCAUCUUCAGCCACCGACAUCCGCAUCGGCAUCUUCGUCGGCCUCCGCGUCGACAUCAGUUUCGGUAUCAGCUUCGGCAUCAGCUUCGGCAUCCGCAGAUGUGGCGCAUGGUAUCGUCACCCAGAUCCGGCCAGAAGGAUCCAAAGUCCGUCGAAUGAGGCACUUUUUUCGACUACGGGAUGAACUUGUUAGCUUGCUAUCCGUGUUCAAUGUCUUGGAGAACCAGGAAGAAGAUUUCGAACAGGCCAGAAAGCAGUGCAUAGAGAACUACCGACGGAGGAGAGGGCAAAGAACGGCGCAUCCACUGAGACAGAGUAUGACGAUGGAGGAACAAGAAGCAAUCUCAGAUAAGAGGCUUGGAAAACAAAAAGAGAGAACAGUAUGGUGGUGA